UUGAGCUAUCGAGGUUCGAGCAAGGUUUCUGCGGGUGAGGUGUUAGUUGGGAGUUGUGAAAGUUUACAGAAGUAGUGUCUUCGGUUACAGUUGUACACAAAAGAGUGAUAUUUUGCAAUAUUCAACUGUCCACAUACAUGUAGUUCUCCAUCAUGCCUCCGCUGGAAAAGUAUAACAGUGAACUACAACGACUUGAGUCGUUCCGAAUUGGUAGGCGCAUGGAAAAGUACGAUUGUCAACUUUUAGCCCGUAUGGGGAUGUAUUACACAGGAGUUGGUGAAACAGUACAAUGCCAGUUCUGUAAUGUACGCAUUGAUCGUUUUGAAGAAGACGAGUGUCUGGUAGAAGCGCAUAUGGCUUAUUCGGGUGGUUGUCCUUUAUUAGAAUGCGAGUUCACUUCAAACGUACCUUUGGAUUUUUUAUCACUUUAUCUCCUGCUUCCGGGCGAAUUAGACUGUAUAGCAUGUGAAGAAUUUCUUUUGGAAUCUGACAGAUUGGACACUUUUUCGAAAUCCCAAGGUGUUUUAUCGACAAAGGCAAAUGAACUGGCAGAAGCGGGCUUUUUCUUUUUAACUGAUGGUUCUCUGAUGUGUUUUUGUUGCGGUGGUACUUUAGACGGUUUCCUCCCUGAGGAAGAUCCCUGGCUGCUGCACGGCAUUCUUUAUAAUCAUUGCAGAUAUUUGAGACUUAUGAGAGGAAUAAGUCAUAAUGAGGACGAUGAUAUUAACCAUUUCUUGGAAGAAUUGGACCUACAAGAAGAAAUGCCAAUUGCAACACGUGAAAGCGUCCUACAGCGAGAGCUCGAAAAUGAUAAUGAAUUUGAAGUAGCUGCAGAAGGAGCUGUGCCAUUACCAACUGAACAUGUGCACGUGCAGAAACAGUCUUGCGUCCAUGAAAUCAAUGACGAUUCUAUAACCAUGUCAAAAUUUUUGUUUGAGUCCUUGGUAAAUGGUAAAACCGAAGAUAAAAACGAAUGCAAAAUUUGCUCGGGGGAAAACAGGAAUGUCGUAUUUUUACCAUGUGGGCAUGUUGUGGCUUGCUCUGAAUGUGCCGAGCGAUGCGAAUCUUGUCCGAUAUGUCGGGCUAGGAUAGAACGAAGACAUAAAUUAUAUUAUUCAUAGCUAUUUAGGUUAUAUAGUCCUAGUUUAAUUUAAUGCUGUAGAUCCAGAAUUAAUUGUAUCCAAUAAAUCGUUGUCUUUAUACCGA